AAAGGGCAAAUGGACAGUGAGGUGGCCGCCAAAUGGUAGUUGAUUAGUUUCCUUAAAUAAAGGCGGAAACUGAACGGUGAUAAUAAAUCCACAGCUCACUGGCUCCGAGACGAUCAUGCACGUCCUCAUUAUUCCUUCCUUCCCUAAUAUUUUCCCUUCUUCUUAAUACGCCUACUUAAUCACUCACAUCACUCUGCUUUUGCAUUCCAACCUCCCCAAAAUUAAAGGAAAAAAAAGGGUUAUCUGUUCAAGCUCCACGGGAUCAUUACCAUAACCGGAGUGCUUUGAAACUGCCUGCUACAUCCAAAUUUCGUUGUUCUUGAAAGAAGUUGUCGUUCUUCAAAGCCCAGAAAAAAAGAAAAAAUGUCGUGGCAAACUUACGUGGAUGAUCAUUUGAUGUGUGACAUUGAGGGCACAGGCCAUCACCUCACUGCUGCUGCCAUUCUCGGCCACGACGGCGCCGUUUGGGCCCAGAGCUCCAACUUCCCUCAGAUUAAGCCUGAUGAGAUCAAGGGUAUCAUGACUGAUUUCGAUGAGCCAGGACAUCUUGCCCCUACAGGUUUACACCUCGGAGGAACGAAAUACAUGGUCAUCCAAGGCGAGCCUGGUGCUGUUAUUCGUGGAAAGAAGGGGCCAGGAGGUGUUACUAUCAAGAAAACUGGCCAAGCUCUGGUCUUUGGGAUCUAUGAGGAGCCGGUGACCCCUGGACAAUGCAACCUGGUUGUUGAGAGGUUGGGAGAUUAUCUCGCUGAGCAGGGCCUGUAGGCUGGCUCAUUCUGGAUGAUUCUUGCCUCUUCUGCUUCUCUAAGAUCGAGUCGUCAUUUGAAACAUAAACAUUGCGUGGAGUUUGCGCAGACAAUAACCAUGCGAGGGCAUCUAAGUGUUUGUUGUAGGUUUUUCUAGUUAUAUUGUUUUUUUUUUUUUGUAAUUGAUAAUCACAGAUAUGGGUGUUAAUGUCUAUCUGGAUUAAUUUUGGAAGUCAGAAACCUGUUGUUUCAAUAAUUCUGUUUUGAUUUAUCACGGGGCAAAAUGCCACGGAGUGUGAAAUUUAUUCCACUUUCAGGUA